GCGUUACUCUCGCUCGCGCGCUCAGGCAGCCAUUCAUUGCAGGGCUUGCUGCUCACUCGUCACUGUUGCUAAAACGAGGUUUGCUCACAAUAUGGCUGCCGUGUGCAGCAUUAUUGCAGCUGAAAGUUACUGCAGCUGUGACCCCAGUGUGAGAUCACUUUGGUGUUCUACUCUGAUUUACUGAAAGGGCAGGAUUUUGUGCUUUAAAUUAUAUUCAUUUGUUAAAAUAAUACUGUUGGCUGUUGGUGUAAACAUUUUAGACAAAUUAUCUGUCGAUUUCAAGAGAAGUAUAUGAUGGUGGUGACCAAAAUGUUUGGUGUUCAGCUGGGAAUUAUAUUCUAUUGAUGUGAAGUGAAGAGGUGCCCUGGUUAUGGAAUUCUGGACUCGUUGUAAUAGUUUCAAUUAAUGUGAGAGUGAAAACAUCAUCAUGACUUCGUCAUCAUCCACAAGCUGCGAACCUGGUGAUCGCCAGUGGUAUUCCUUCUUGGCCUCAAGUCUGGUCACUUUUGGAAGCGGUCUUGUUGUUAUAAUCAUAUAUCGGAUUGUGUUGUGGCUCUGUUGUCGGAAAAAGAAAUGUAUUCAAGUGUCAAAUCCAGUUCCGACAGCAAGAACAACGAGUUUAGAUCAGAAGAGUUUUAUGAAAAAUUCUGAUCCAGAAAUAGGAUGGAUGACAGAAGCAAAGGACUGGGCAGGAGAGCUUAUUUCAGGACAAACAACAACUGGACGCAUUCUGGUUGGACUUGUGUUUCUGUUGAGCAUAGCAUCUUUGAUUAUUUACUUCAUUGAUGCCUCUACCAACACGUCUGUGGAAACCUGCCUUCCCUGGUCUUCCAGCACUACCCAGCAAGUGGACUUAGCUUUCAAUGUGUUCUUCAUGAUCUACUUCUUCAUCAGGUUUGUUGCUGCUAAUGACAAGCUAUGGUUCUGGGUGGAGUUGUUUUCAUUCGUGGAUUAUUUCACCAUUCCUCCGUCUUUUGUGGCGAUCUAUCUGGACAGGAACUGGUUAGGUAAGCAAACUUUUGUUUUCUGUAUAACGUAUGCGUUUACACUGUUAUGAAACUCUUGUUUUUGUGCAUGCAUUGUUCUGCUUCAUCUUUCUGUGUGAAGCUAUGCACGUUUGCUUAUGUUGUAGGGUGUACACCACCCCCCCGCAAAAAAAAAA